CGGCGUCCCUCAGUCUGUGCGGUCGCGUUCGGUAUUCGAGUCCGGUCCGUUGAAUCACGUGCAUCCUUGACGAAGGGAACAGGCGAUGUCGGCAUUACCGUUCCUCGAGCGUGUCACUGCGGUGUCAUCGUCGUUUUCCCGAGAUGUGUGAAAGUCCUCCAGGAUUACCGCUGCAGCUGGGUCCAUGAUUGUGGCAAAAUGGUGGAUCGGCAAAAAGCACUUCUGAUGGUAUUAUUGGCGCUCCUGAUUUAUCCGAACGAUAUCUUUGGAGGCGCUUUUCAACCCGAAUUCUCCGGUCCUAUCACCAAUCUAACCGUGCCACUCGGGAGGGACGCUACUUUCACGUGUCUGGUGAAACAUCUAGGAGGUUACAGGGUCGGUUGGGUAAAGGCGGACACGAAGGCGAUUCAGGCAAUACACGAUCACGUGAUCACGCACAACCAGAGGGUAUCCGUGUCCCAUAGCGAUCACAGUAUGUGGAACCUUCACAUCAAGGGCGUUCAGAAAGAGGACGGCGGUCUUUACAUGUGUCAGAUCAAUACGGAUCCCAUGAAGAGUCAGACAGGUAUGCUGUCGAUUGUCGUGCCACCUGAUUUCGAUCCUGAAGCUACAUCAAGCGACAUGAUGGUAGGCGAGGGCGGCCAGGUGAAGUUAACGUGCCGGGCGAGAGGCGUACCCGAGCCGCGCGUAUCCUGGCGCCGAGAAGACGGCAGGAACAUUAUAAUUCGGGAGCCAUUUCCAGGAAGCACCCCGAACCAGAAGUCUCACGCGUAUAAUAUGAACGAGUUUUUGGGCGAGGAGCUAAAGCUGACGAAGAUCUCGAGGAACGAGAUGGGGGUUUAUCUGUGCAUCGCCAGCAACGGGGUCCCGCCCGCGGUCAGCAAACGUAUUUAUAUCAACGUUCAUUUUUCACCGGUGAUUCACGUACCCAAUCAGCUGGUCGGUGCGCCCUUGGGGACCGACGUGGUCCUAGAAUGUUUCGUCGAGGCGUCCCCGAUGUCGAUUAACUAUUGGGUCAAGGAUCCGAAGGGUGCGAUGAUAAUAACUAGCGUCAGGUACGACGUGCAAGCGGUGCCGAAGUCACCGUUCGAGGUCCGGAUGAUCCUCACCAUCCGGAAUCUGCAGAAACAAGACGUGGGAACGUACCGGUGCGCGGCCAAAAAUUCCCUCGGCGAGGUCGAGAGCAGUAUUCGAUUAUACGAAAUCUCCGGACCGACGAGGACGCAGACGGCGUGGCCAACGUUCUACGACGAGGAGGACGAAGUAGUAUACGGCUCGGCGGAGAUGGACAGGACGGAGAACAGGCCACUGGCGGUGGACAACACGGUCCACGGCCACGUGGGCUAUCCGUCACUCGUCACGCCGUCCUCGACGAUCCGCGUCGGCAAAAAACGGCCCGCGAUUAACGCCAAGUCGGGCGCCGAUUCUCAUCGACGACGGCUGUCCAUCACCGAUGUCCUGUCACCGCUGGUAUCGCUGACAAUCAUUUGUCGCAGAUGGUGGUGGUGGUGGUGGUGGUGAUGGUGAUGGUGAUGAUGAGAAGCGGGGAAAGGGUCGGGAAAAGUUAAAGGACCUGGUCGAGGCACACGCCGUUGGUGCUCACGUUCGCACGUCGGUCUCGUCGUGACGCGAUUUCGGCGGCAAACGUAAUUCACUUUCGAAGAAGUUGAGCGAUCAACGCUGGAUGCCCACGAAUCCGAAGUUGUUUCUAUUGCAGGACGCUGCAGCGAGUUUUGCGAGAAAGAAAAAUAUGUCCGCAACGCGCUUUAUCAUUGGCUGAGCGAUCGGAUUUUCAAGAGAGAUUCGAUGCUAUUUUCAAAGCAAACUGCGUUGAUCCUAUCUGAUCAGUGAGAUAAAGUCGCGCGAAGUGAAUCAUACGUUACGUUGCAAAUUUCAUGCCCGGUAGCCGGCUUCGCGUGAAACGAAAGCUUUAAUCUUCAUUGGCUAUUCAGCUGCUUGCUCGGCUCUACGCAGCAAAAACAACUUCGAAUGGGCUUAAAUCGCCGCUACUGCUGCUGCCGACGACGUAUCGUCUUCCCUGAGUGGCUUAUUCGUAAUUCAUAGACUUAAUCAAUGGAUCGGAAGCUCGCGAAAGGGAUGAACCACGUGGGUCAGAAGACAGGGAUUUACAUCGCGGGACUUAUGUAUCUUGAUCGUUGUACUUGGUGAUGGGAUCGAAGAAUCGAUCGGUGAGUGAUAGAUUAAUUAAAUUCAAGGGUCAAAUUCGGUAUAAUAAGGUCAGUUCUAUUUUCGAUACUAUUAUUAUAAUUAUCGAAACAAUAUUCUAAAUUAUCUUUAUUCUUAUGCAAUGUUAAGCAAUAUAAUUUUAUCUUAUCAUACAUAGAAUCUCUCGUUUUAUUUAAUCUCACCGAGAUAAUUUGAGAAAACCAAAAAUAAUUAAAUUAAUAAUUAGCAUUACUCGGAUUAUAUUACAAGUUUUACGUAAAAUUGAUUUCUCUAUUUUUGUUACAUAGAAAUUAUGGAUUAUUGAAACGAAUCAUGAAUGAUCGGUUAAGAUAUUCACUUUGCGAAUACAAACAAGAUAAUUGCGCGAUGGCGAUCAUAAUAUUACAAUAAAAAAGACGACGGACGCAAGAGAUAGAAAAAAAAAAAAAAAAAA